AUGUCAGUCCGGGGCCUUUUGCUCGUGGCCUUGGCUCAACUUCGAACAUCAGGUGCUUUCACUGACUGUGCUGUGGGAGAUCUUGUCUGGGCACCCACCGAUGGAUGGAAGCGGGGUCGCGUUCUGCGGCGGGCACCUGGUGAGAUACAAGUACAGUGGAUGGAGGCACCGUUUGCAGGGAGCAAUACGACCUUGCCGCCCAUGGAGCUCAGGGCGCGCUUCGGCGGCCUUUGUGCGCGCGCGGCUCUCUGCCUCUUUGGCCGAGUCGGGAAUCUUCGAGGAAAGUUCGACGAGGAGGGUUCGACAGAGGAGGCGCUGGAGAUCGCUGCUGCCUCCGUUUGGGAACAUGUGGUGCGGGCAAAUGCCGACCUGCGCUGGGACGUGUUCGCACACACGUGGGACGAGGAUCUGGCGUCAGCGAUCCAUCAAGCCUACAUGCCGGUGGCCUUGAAAGCUGAUCCGCAGCCAGAGCAUCUGCCCACGGUAGAAAGCUUCGGUGAGACUUUUCGGCGCAGUGUGGAGCUGAAGAGCAUCAAGGAGGCAGAAGAGGGAUUUCGCUACGACCUUGUCGUUCUCAUGCGGUAUGACGUCCUGUUCAGGUCUCCGCUGCGUUUGAGCCCUGCAGUUGGCUCAUCGGCCCUCUGGACUGGGUACUGGUGCUCGAUCCAUGCGGAAGACCUCGCUGUGCGCGAGGUGGUCUUGACCCAUGACCGCAGCAUCAGCGACGUCCGCUACAAAACAUCUGGCGUUUAUGCGCCAUCGCAGUUUGCAACGGUAGGACUUCACGACUUUUGGUUUGCAGCCUCCUCACGAAGCAUGGAUUUCUUCGCCUCCUGGGGCUCCGCAGUGCCCGCACUGCGCGCGCACGUCGGCCUGGUGUCUGCCGAUUUGCCUGUGGAUGUGGGUCAUUUCUAUACCUUCUUGCAUGCGAAGUCUUUGGGGCUCCCGUUAGAGUUCACAGGCAUCAGUUACGUCGACUUCACGCUUGUGCGAUACCGCGACUGCAAGCUUCUGGUCGGAGAGCAGAUCCAGGACCCAGACCAAUACUGCAGCCACUGGGAGAUCAGUGUGACAAGGCAGUGCUCGUCCUGGCUGCCGCAGCCGCGGGGUUGGGCCAUGCAGUACUGCCCGUUGGCCGGGAAGCGCGCGGAACUCGCGUCUUUUGGCGGCGGAUGCGGCCGCUUCUGA